GCAAGAUGGCGGCGUAGUGUGAGUAUUUGUACCGUCUUUGGAAAAGUUUUGGUCACCAGAGGAGGGUUUUUAUCGUGAUUUGACGCUUCGGUUUUAUCUGCCAACUUUUUGAAACUCGGACAUUUUUAUAAAAAUUAGCUUACAAAGGACACAAAAUGAAGUCGGACGUGGAAGAAUUAAUGCCUAAGCUCUUGCCCGUUGAGUUUGGAGACAGUACAGGGGACUUGGACCUGAAUGGACCGCCGAGAACCCCCCAGGAAUACCUCCGACAAGUCCAAUUGGAGGCGUCUCUAUGUCCAGAGGUGGUUGUUGCACAGAUUGACCCAAAGAAACUGAAGAAGAAACAAACAGUGAAUGUAUCUGUGGCAGGUUGCCAAGCUGCUCCUAUGGGUUUCUGCCCCAGUCUCAGUUGGCAGCAGCGACAAGUCAGUAACUUCUCAGAUGUCAGACAGAGCAUCACAAAGAACAGGAAACACUGGAGCAGCCACAGUCUGGAUGACAACGUGCUGAUGCCAAAGCUAACCGAUGAGGAGGGCUGGAAGAAGUUUUGUUUAGGGGAGAACAUUUAUCUGGGCACAUCAUCCUGUGACACAGAUACAGAGCCACAGCCAGCACUGGACUACAGCAAGGUGGGCUUCCCUCCCUUCCUUAGCAUCGUUAGCAGACUCAACCAGUCCACAGUAUUGAUGGUGUUGGAAGUUCUCAUCAGUUGGUUUGAGGAGAGACCAUUUGUUCCACAGUUGGGUCGCUGGCUCUAUGCUUUAUUGGCCUGCCUGGAGAAGCCUCUGCUGCCUGAAGCCCACUCCUCCAUCAGACAGCUGGCCAGGAGAUGUGCCCAGCUCCGCAGCACACUGGAGAGUCAGGAGGACGAGAAUCUGCCUGCCCUCAACCUGCUCAUCUGUCUUGUUGCCAGAUACUUUGAGCAGAAUGACCUGGCAGAUCAGCCGCAGUGAACAUGUGGUUGAACUGUUUAUAACUGACACCAGCAAGUCAUGAAGGAAGAAUAUGUCAUGUGCUGAUGCAACAUUCAGGCAGCAGGCUCUACAGUUAAGCAACAAGACCUAAGACUGAAACUUGUGAACAACUAACCAUGGAGAAGCUUUACCAUCCGAGCAAAUUCAGUGGAUGGAAAUAAACUUUUCAAGUUGUCAACAGUGCACACAUCCACACAGGGCUGUGGUGGCUGUGAGGCCCAUCACUGUUAGGCCCUUUGGUUUCAUUGCUUGUGUUAUUUGUAAUGGAUUUGGUUACUUGAACAGGUCUCUGCUGUUACAACUGAAGUAGCCAAAGCAGCAGGAUCACUAUUAUUUUUAGCAGGAAAAGCCUUUUUUUUUCAGUGAAUUUAGUCCCGAGGUUAAUGGAUCUAUUAAAUGUAACAUGUCUAUUAAAGUGUGAUGAUUUGUU